UUAUUUUCAGAUAACACAACAAAUACAAGUGAAAGAUGCCAAAAUGUUGAGGAGAAAAUGGAAAAGAAAUAAGAAGAAAAAGAAUCGUUUUGUGGUGAAAAUUUGAGGUCUUUUUAACGAAAAAGCUGAGCAUGGCAGAGGAUAGCAGGGGACCCGAAUCAGACCAAUUCAUCCAACAUGAUUCGAAAUUCGUCCGGAAAAAAAUUGUUUCUAAAUCUAAAUCAAAGAAGAAAGUUGAAAUAAAAGAAGAACAGGUUCAUGAAAACGGAGUUAUUGUCACAACUAAGCCGAUGAGUAGAACAAGCAAACCUCGUAAUACAAAAUCUAAUGGAAAACGAGCGAAGUUGUCCCAAACAAACGGAAGUUUCGGUAAAACUAACAUAGUGAUAGCUAAAGCUAACGGAAGUAGUGUUAAAACAGGCGGCAGUGAAGUGAAUCACAAUAGUUCUAACGGUUCUAAACUAACGUUACUGUCGGAAGUGAGUCCUGAGACGAAGGCGGUCCUGGAGAAGACGGAGAGUAACCUGGAUAUCAUGACAAAGAGCCUGGAUAAGAGUAAGGAGUACAAUGAUGGUGAUGAUGAUAUUUUGAGGCUGCUUGAGGAUACAACGGAUACUAUAGAUUCUGAAGGAAAAGUUCGGGGAGGAAGUUACAAUAAGGGAUCUUCGAGCUUGCUUUUAAACGCCACUUCAAUCAUAACUGGAACAUCAAAAAAGGGGGAGAAUGAUAUUUAUGAUGAAAAAUUCAACCCAAAAUCUCUUCACAAUGAAUCUCUACCAACCAAGGUUAGAAAGGAAGGAAAGAAAGGAGCUGAAGAAGAUUAUAUUUGUCCUGGAACCUGGUUCUCCUGUCCACGGGAAAGGCAAUGUGAAACAUUUACCUGGAAAAUGUGUUUCUUCUGUUUGUGUUUGCCUGGCUGUUACCCAUGUUAUCUAUCAAGAACAAUCAGGCGAAGGAAUCAAAAGCGCCAUGAUAUCGAGCGGAGAAAUCUUGAAGCUGGAAAUCAUGGAAACCUUAUUUCUAGAGCACAGAACGUUCUGUCCUCACAAGCUUCAAGACCUUCAUCCCCAAGGAAGGUUGAAGAUAGCCGUGAGGUUGUUGAGGAUGUGGAUGUCGUCUUUUUACAUACUCAGCUGGCACAGAGGGUUUUAGACGAGAUUGAAAGAGCUCCUGGUUUUCAUCCCUGCUCAGGAAGCAAAGAUGUUGCACCAAAUCCCAGAAGAAUUCAAAACCGAGAGACUAUGCAACGGGUUGCGGCAUCCCUAGCUGUUAGCGCACAGGGAGAUGUUCCACAAAGGACCUCCGCCAUUUUGUCCGCCAUCACCGAGGAAUAUCAGAGUAUCUGUGAUUCAGAAACAGAUUCCCCUGUGGUGCUACGACGAGAAAGCAAACCUCAAAAUAUUCCAUCACAGCUGAAUCUCCCGCUUAGUGAUAGAGAGAGUGAUACAUUCUUCAGCUCAGAAUCCUUGGCUGCGUCAGUCCCUGGAUCUCCUCUAACUAACGGAGAUCGUGAUCUUGCCUCAGAGAUCCGGUUCUACAGUUUACCAACAUCAAACAUUACAAGUAAGGUAAAAGAUGGUGAGAAGCCACCCUACCAUACAGCUGGUGGUAGUAUUUCUUCCAGUUCGACAAGAUUUCUUUCAAACCCAGGAAGUCUGACUUCGGGUUCCGGAAAAUACUUCAGUGCGCAAGAAAGCCUGAGUUCCGGUUCAAAAAAUUAUUGGAGCGCUGCGGAAAGUCUAACUUCGGGUUCAACCCGAUAUUUCAGCGCUGCAGAUAGUCUCGACUCUGAAAUUGAGACACGUGUUAAACCAGAGAUAGUGAAUGCAACAUGUGGUGUAUCUUUUCUCAACUGUGAUAUUUCCGGAGAUAAUAAUAGAAUUUCCGGUUCGUGCAUAAAUGAUCAUGAUGUUGACCAAUGUAUUCAAUCUGAAGGAUUGGAACUGGGAGGGACGGAUCAAGUGGAUGGAUUUGAAGACAACUCUAAAACUCAACUAUGUGAUUCUAAACUCGAAACUAGUUCUGGUUUUCAAUAUUCUCUUCCAAACCAAACCACCAAAGAGGCAUCAACUCAGAGAAACGUUUUGAAAAACUGGUCUCUUCAAACUUCGAGAGUUUCUGGUCGUCUUAUGAACAAUAUGUUCGGCGAAAUCCAACCCGAGGACGACGGUGAGGACAAAGAAGAAGAGAAGGAGGUAGAAGUUGCCUUGAUGAGCGACAGAAACAAAAAUAAUCAGAUCUGUGAUAGAGAUAAGGUUCUAAGGAAUACUUACGAUACAACCUGGUUCCCUCGGAAAACUGGAAACCUUAAAGUGAAGGUUGAGGAACAAAACCUUCAGUUAAACUUUUACAAGGAAAAAAAGCUUGGCGGAACUAAGAAACUGCUGAAAUCAAUAACAGGAGUUGAUGUUCCCAGUAUACAUCUUGUUGUUGUUGUGUACAGUAAACCAAAGGAUCUACAAUCAAUUAUCAGUAAGGAUGAGGGAGUAAUGUCGUAUAUACGUGAGUACUGGUCUGGGUUCUAUCCUCUACUCCUACUCAGAAUACAGGAUCAAGAUGAAGAGGAGGACGAGGAUGAUGAUGAAUCAGACGAGUUACUGGACGAUCAGGAACUUUUUUCAGACAAACAUCGGUUGUUCUUGAAAGAAGAAACGGAUUCUAAAUUUAUCCUGGAAUCAAUUGCUAGGUUUUAUUUGCAUUGCUCCGUGUUUCGAUGUGAGGAGAACCUGGAGGAUCGGAGAAGAAAGAAUCCUCGUCUUAACAAUCGAUCCUGGAACUGUAGAGGUUUAUGUAAAUUAACUUCUAAACCUACCUUUAAAUCCUCGAAGAAAUCAAGUAAAACUGGAUUCUUCAAAUCUGUCAGAAGAACCAUGCAUAUUCGUCGGUUGACCAGCCAAUCCAGUCAGGACAAUAUGGAGACUUCAAAUAUUCAACAUGUUUAGAUGUAUAACUUUUAACUACAUACACAGAAUAUUAUUUAUCUAUUAGAUUCACGCUUAUAAUUAUAUCUGUUAUAUUCAAAAACACCUUAUUUUAAAUAACACAAAUUAACCGAAUUAUGAUAUUUUUUAAACACUAAUACAUUUUCUACCUGAA